UCUCAGAUCUGUUUAGGUUCGGUUUUCUAAUAAAAAGCACUUCACUUUCGUGCCUUCUGAAACCCUAAUUCCCAAUUCUUAACCGAGCCAUGGAAUUCCCCAAGAAGCGCAAAACCCAAGAGAACGGCGACACCACCACCGACUCUCCGCCGCCGCAAUCCACCGAAGAAGCCCCCCUCGCCGCCGCAACCCCGGCCCCCGCCUCCCCCCUCGCAUCUGAAGACAUCCGCAAGAUCCUGCAACCGUUCUCCCAGGAACAGCUCCUCGACCUACUCCAGUCGGCGUCGCUCCGCCACCCCGACGUCCUCGACGCCGUGCGCGCCGUCGCGGACUGCGACUCGACCCUCCGGAAGCUCUUCGUGCGCGGACUCGCCGGCGAGACCACGACGGAGACGCUCCGCAGCGUGUUCUCGGGGUUCGGCGAAUUGGACGAGGCUAUCGUGAUCAUGGACAAGGCCACCGGAAGGUCCAAGGGCUACGGCUUCGUCGUGUUCCGCCAUGUGGACGGCGCAAUUCUCGCCCUCAAGGACCCCAGCAAGAAGAUCGACGGCCGCAUGACAGUCACGCAGCUUGCCGCCGCCGGUGGUCCCGGCGGCGGUGACGUGUCGCUCCGCAAGGUCUUCGUCGGGAACGUCCCCUUCGAGAUUUCCUCGGAGAGGCUCCUCGACGAGUUCCUCAAGUUCGGAGAAGUCGAGGAAGGGCCUCUAGGGUUUGACAAAUCGAGUGGCAAAAGCAGAGGCUUUGCCUUCUUCGUUUACAAGACCGAGGAAGGUGCAAGGGCUUCGUUGGUUGAACCUUUGAAAACUAUUGAAGGGCACCAAGUGAUUUGCAAAUUGGCUGUGGAUAACAAAAAGACGAAACCUUUUGGAACGGAUCAGCAUCAACAUCAGCAGCAACAUCCGCAGCAACAGAUGCAGCAGCAAGUUUCUAUGAUGGUGCCUCAGUAUGGUGGAUAUGGUGGUAAUGGUUAUGGGAUGCAGCAGCAGCAGCAUCAGGUGCCACCGUAUAAUAACCAAGUUCCGGUUGCCGGUGGUGGUGGGUAUGGCCAUCGAUAUGGCAAUUCGCAGAUGGCUGGGCCGGUAUCUGGUGACUAUGGUGCGAGGGUGCCUCCCAAUUCUGGUGGGGGUUACCCUGAUGGCUCGCAGUAUGGCUUCCCUCCUUCGUCGGGGCAUCCGCCGCAGCCGCGGGUUCCGAUGGCGAGACCUCCUGGUGGAAUGUACCAAGGCGCACCACCCUAUUAUUGAGGUGUUUAAUUCAGGUUUGUGAUGGCUUCUUGGGCGCUAAUGCUUUAAAUGGUUGCUUUCGUGCAUGCAGACAAUGAAAUCUUUGGUUUUGGUUACAUGGACUGCUGUAAUUUGUUGCUGCUUCCCUACCUCUGCAUCUAUGUGUUAUGGUUCCAUUUGUGAUUGGUGUUAGUUGAAGCAUACAUGACUUGGCGUAGUACUUGAAUGUAGUACUUAUGUGGAAUUUCUGUAGAAUUUUUUGUUCUUAGUUUUUACCUAGUUUAGUUUCGCAAGUUAUUGACUAAAUGCCAAGGUGGUUACAUUAAAUUUUGAAAUGUCUCUUAUUGUGGUUUAUGCUCUUUCGUGCACAUAUGUACUCUGUGGUUGUCGUGAUGACUUUAUUUUUGUUCUUUUAACUUCCGCAAGUUGCAAGUAUUUGCUUUGUAUGGUGGCGCUCGUGAUACAUUUACUUAUUUUUUGAAGUACCCUUCUCACCUGGUUUUAUAUUAAAUUUAGCAUCAAAUCUUAAUGAGUGAAUCAGUUAACUCAAGUCUUAAUGAGGCUUAUUCGAAUUGCCUUGAAGAUGAAAUCUGCAAUUGAUUUGCUCUGAACUGGAUGCUUGUGGACACCUUUGAAAAAUUCAUGAUAUAUUUGAGUAUUUUGUUGAAUAUCCUUUUCAUUUGGUUUUAUACUAAAUUCAACAUAAAUCUUUUAUGAGUAAACUUAAACAUAAGAUCUGCUAAUAUGAUUUACCCUGAAAUGGAUGUUUCUAAAUACCUUUGAUUAUGAAAAAUGCCAACCAUGAGAUUGAUUACCCUGCUUGUUGUGAAAUCAAUGGUCAAACUUGAUGUGGCAAUUGCAAUGCCAUGUAUUUUUCAUGUAUAAAUGGUAAACCUUUAAUUUUUUAAUGUUAAAUUUAUGAUGAUUAUUUUUAAGCUCCCUCAGUUUUCCGAGCCAACACUUUGCAAAAAAUAAAUUAAAGUAAGGUCAAGUAACAACAAAUAUUUCUUGAGUAAACCACCAAUUUGAUUCUUGAAGUGUUACCCUCUCUCUCCUAAAUGAUCCUUAAAGUAAAACAAACUACUUGAGUAGUCCUAGAAGUAUUAGAAAUCAAACAAAGUAGUCCCUUUAAUAUAAAAGUACCCUUCAAAUUAUUCCUUAAGCAUUAAAAAGAUACAUUAACUUAGGGACUAAAUUGAUGAAUAUUCAAUAUUGUAGGGGAUAACUUGAAUAGUUUUAUUACCUUAGGAAUUAUUUAGGAGAGAGAGUAAUAGUUUGAAGAUGAAAUUGGUGAUUUACUCGUAUUUAUUUCUCUGUAUCUUGUGUUAAAAGUAGGGUAUGCACAUAUUAGAAUUUUAGGGCCUAAGUUUAACCCUCAAAAUUGACUUGUAUCUUGAAGAUUGCCCAAAGCUUAAAGUAAAUGAUCCUUAAAGUAAAGCAAACUACUUAAGUAGUUCUAGAAUUAUUAGAAAUCAAACAAUGAAGUCCCUUUAAUAUUAAAUACCCUUCAAAUUAGUCCUUAAACUUUUUUAAAAAAUACAUCAACUUAGGGACUAAAAUUGAUGAAUAUUCAAUACUUUAGGGAUUACUUGAAUAGUUUUAUUACUUCAGAAUUUUGUGUUAAAAGGGAGGGCGAGCCCUGGUGCAGCGGUAAAGUUGUGCCUUGGUGACUUGUUGGUCAUGGGUUCGAAUCCGGAAACAGCCUCUUUGCAUAUGCAAGGGUAAGGCUGCGUACAAUAUCCCUCCUCCAUACCUUCGCAUAGCGAAGAGCCUCUGGGCAAUGGGGUACGAAGUUUUUUGUAUUUUGUGUUAAAAGUAGGGUAUGGAGAUAUUAGAAUUUAUAGGGCUCUUAACCCUCAAAAUUGACUUGUACAAUGAAGAUUGCCCAAGCUUUGAGCUCAAUUUAAGCCAUAUUUCUAGUUGAUGUGGGACUAAAUUCCAGUCAAUUGGGCAUUUGGGACUGCAAUUAAGAUAACUUUCCAUCAAAAGAUAAAAAGCAAAACAGAAUAAUUUUGUUGGUUGUUUGCAGUUUACCUCGUCUUGCAUUGUGCUGUUGUUGAAUUCAAGUGGAGUUUCAAUUAGGAUCUUGUUAAUGCUAUUUGUUAAAUUAGGGCAAACUCAAUCUCUAUUUAAGUCAUAUCUUUUGUCGGUGUGAGACUAAACACCACCCUUGAGGUUGCAGUCAAGGCAGCCCCAAAGAGUCUGCAACUAAGACGGACUUAGGGGUUCCCAUAGUUAAGAUGGCUUUCUAACAAAAGAUUAAAGGAAAAACAGAAUAAUUGUGUUGGUUGUUUGCCUCUUCUUGCGUUUUGCUGCUGUUGCAUCCUAAGUGGAGUUUCAAUUAGGAUCUUGUUAAUGCUAUUUGGUAAAUCAAGACUAUUGGCCUAGAGCGUAGCAACGUAAGUGGGCCAACAAUGGAUAGAUCUAAGAUAGGCUCUAAAUACUAUUUAAAAUGAGUUUAGGGCCUAAUUCAACCACCCUAAAUUGGGUUGUAAGGUGAAGAUUGUCCAAGCUUUACAAGCUCUAUUUAAGUUAUAUCUUUAGUUGAUGUGAUACUAAACUCUACCUUGAGGUUGCCUCUAAGCUCUAUUGCAAGCUUGGACAAUCCUCACCUUACAACCCAGUUUUGUGAGGUUGAAUUAGGCCCUAAACUCCAAUUUUAAAAAGGUAUUUAGGGCCUAUCUUAGAUCAAUUGUUGGGCCACUUAUGUUGCUAUGCUCUAGGCCAAUAGCCUUGAUUUAACAAAUAGCAUUAAGGCAGCCCCAAAGAGGCUGCAACUAAGACGGAUUUGGGGUGACUGCAAUUAAGAUGACUUUCCAAUAAAAAGAGAAGAAGCAAAACAUAAUAAUUGUGUUGGUUGUUUGCCCCAUCUUGUAUGGUGCUGCUGUUGAAUCUUUACGUAUGUGGAGUUUCAGUUAGCAUCUUGUUAGUGCUAUUUGUUAAAUCAGGCUACUUGUUGAUGCUAUUUUAUCACUUGAAUAGUUUUGCUUCAUCUUGCAUUGUCCUGGAGGAGUUAAAUAUUUGUAUGGGAAUAAUAACUUGCUUUGGUGCUUCUUUUGUUCAUUUUUUUCUCCCGUGUUUCAUCAUCCUUUUGGGCCAAAUAGAUUAUUGUUUGUUUGUUUCUUCUGAACAUUUCUACGAUGUUUUCUAAUUUGAUGGCUUGUGUAUCAAAACAUAUGAAUGUCCAUAUAUGCUGCUUUUUCUAAUGAUUUUCGAGGUGGGUCUCCUGGUUGAUUUCGACUUGAAGUACUUCGGCCAACACUGCAUUGCUGUAGUCAUUGAGGUUGUGGACUUUUGAAUGCCAUUUUUGUUUCCAAAUGUUCGUUGAAGGAGGCAAGCUAUUUCUUUAAUCGUAGUUCAAAGUGAGACAAUUACUUGUAAUACUUUUGUAAUGAAAUACAAAUGUCGUCUUAGGAUAAGUGUAUGUGACAGAUGGUUUUGAUAUAAUAUAUUGCGCUUCAUUUAUUUUACGA